CUCAUCACAAUCAAAAGAUAAAAUAAUAUUUUCAUUUAUCUUUUAUCUCUUCAUCAUGAUCAUUUGAUUUCCUUUCAAAUGUAAACAAACUACCAUUAUUGCUACAUUGCUUUAAUUUCUAUUUUUUUGAAUUGUGUUUCAGUUGUAUACCAUAUCUUGGUGCAAAUAUUUGGGACUAAUAAUUCAAUCGACUGAGGACAAUGGGCAACUCACACUCACAUCAUUUGGUCUUAUUACAACAAGUAACCAAUGAGAAAUUUUGCUGUGAUAUAUGUGAUGAAGAUAUUUUCGAACCUUCUUUCUAUAAAUGCAAUUCUUGCGAUUAUUCUGUCCACAAAAAAUGUUAUCAAAUCAAUCAUCACUUCCAUCCUCCCCACCCACUUAAAUUAUCUACCACAAAAAAUUUCUUCAUAUGCAAUUCCUGUCACAAGCAACACAAUAAUCAACCUUAUUUCACAUGUGAGAAAUGUAAUUUCUACAUGGAUGUAAAAUGUGUUAAGAUGCCUCCUAUACUCAGCAAUGAUGAUCAUGAUUUUGAGAAUUCUGAUCAUCAUGGUCGUAUAAAACAACAUUUUACACAUCAACAUCCUAUGCCACUUAUUUCGAUUCGAGGUGAAAAUCCUCGAAUCAAAUGCAUUGCUUGUAGCCGUACAUGCUCAAAUGAAGCUUACGGUUGCAAAUACUGUGUGUGCUUCUUGCACAAAACAUGUGCAAAUUUGCCCGAACAAAUCCAAGGUCAUUUUUCUUAUCCAAACCACACUUUAUACUUUCAUAUUUCUAGCCAUCGAUGUAGUAAAUGCAAGUUAUGUGAAAAUUCAUCUAUUAUCUUCUCUUUCAAAUGUCGUCAGUGUAACAUUCAUUUUUGUGUAAGUUGUGUCGUAGCCAUGUUUAAGCCCAUUAACUUUAAGUACCACGAGCAUUCUCUUUAUUUCGUUGAGAGAAUACAUGGUACUAAUUUCGACUAUUGUGAUGGCUAUGAUUCUUAUUGUAAGAACUCAGUGCUCAAAAAAAAGCCAGAAUUCAAUCGAAAUACCAAAUUAUGUGGGUUUUGUUGUGUGGAUUGCGGUUUCAAAGUCCAUUUACAAUGUGGUAUAUUACCUAGUAUUGUUCAAUACAAAUAUCACACACACCCUCUUGUUCUUGUUGAUUGGGCUAUUGACAAUGAUGGAUGUUAUGAAUGUUAUUGUGAUAUUUGCGAAACCGAAAGAGAUCCAAGAUUUUGUGCAUACAUUUGUGAAGAUUGCAAGUAUGUUGCUCACGUACAAUGUCUAGCUUCCGAGAUCAUAAAUGUACUAAAGGGAGAUCUUAGAGAUGUGAAGUUAAAGAUAGUGGGAGACGAUGCUUGGAAAUUCUCAGGGGAAAUACAAAAUCAACUGGUGGAAAUAAGAAAGAAAGAAGACUCUAUUUUCACUUUUCAAGACUUAAUUCACACUUUAACUGAACUCGAGGAAGAAUGUUUCAAAAAUCAUUUUUUUUGGCUAAAGGUUCGUAAUAAGAAUUUGACAAAUAAGAUGCAAAGUAUAGAGACUACACCUCUAGUCCUUAAUGAUGAGAACAUUGAUGAGCUUCUACAAAUUUCAAGUUUUACAGAGAAUGAGUACAUCUCCUUUAUUUACCAUGAGUUCAAAUCCUUUUUUAGGGAAAAAAAUCAUUUGGACAUAAAAUCAAGUGAUCUAUUGCUCAAGAUUGUUGAUGUUGAAGGUAAUUAUUCAAUCCCUCUAAAUUUUGUGUGUGUUAUGAAACAUAUACUUCACAAUUAUGGAGAUAUUGGACAUAAUUCAACAUCUUCUUCAUCACUAAAGAGCAUAUGUUUUUUCUUAAUAUGUCGAGUCAUGAAAAAGAUGUAUGCAACUUUGGUCAUAGACAUCUCUAAAGAUCUUCUUCGAGAAUGGUAUUGUUACAUAAGAUUUGCAAAAGUGUAUGGGAAUUUUGAUGUGGGUUUUAUAGAGGAAUCUUUUAAGGCUGUUACAAGAGAUUUCUUCUUUAUCCAAGUGAGUAAAUUACUUGACCAUGAAAUACCAAAUGUAAUCAACAAUAAUAUGGGAAAGCUACAAGAGAAGUUGAAUGGUGUGUAUGGAGAAUUGCAGAAUAAGAUGGAAGAGUAUGAAUCCAAACUCGAGAUGAGGAAAAGAUUUUGUGAGACUACUUCAGAGAAAAAGUUGAUGAAGAGGAAAAUUGACAAUGUGAUUAAAUUGAAGUGGAAAACAGCUAGCCAGGUUGGGUUUUGAUAUCACAUAUAUGAAAUCAGAUAUAUCACAAUUGUUUUUUUUUUUUUGGUGUGGUAUGUAAUAAUAUGUGUCAUUUUUUUACUGUGUGGUUGGUUUGUUAAAAUUAAUAGCUUUUAAUUAUGUUGGUAUAUGUGCAACUUUGUUAAGACUGCUCAUGGUAUUGAAUUUAUGGAUAAGGUUAUAAAAAUUGU